AUGGUAAUUACGGGACAAACACACUCAUCAAUUAAGUUAUUAGAGGAUUUAAAAAAGACUAUUUUAAGGACUAUAAAAAAUCAAAUUUCACUAAGUGAUUUGUUAGAAAAUUUAAAAGUUGAUGAAAACAAAUUGAAUGAAGCUUUAAUAGAACUAGAAAAUGAAGAAUUAAUUUAUUUUAAUAAGAAAAUUAAUUUAAUAGAAAGAAUAAAAUAA